AUGUUAGCCAACUGCCUCUCUCUGGUAUUUUGGUGGAGCUCCUUUCUCCUUACAGACUUGCAGAUUCCUGGAUUUUCACAAAAUGCCGUUAUAGCACAGCUGGACAAUCUCUCAAUAUCUGAGGUGCGAAUUGGGGCAAUGAGUGGCACGUUCAACUCUUCACUCUGGUCGCUGGAAGUAGCAGGCUCGUCAAAGGCCACAUGCUCCCUCAAUCUGAAAAAGGGCCGAAAGGUACAUCUGCUUACCGCCGACGCCGAGCUGCUUCCUGUGAACAUCACUCUCAGCAAGUCAGUUGACGAUGUCUGCUUCAGCACUCGCGCCGUCGCAGAGUCGUGUGAGUUUCAAGUGAAAAUAGGGGACGUGACCCUUGACCCGCCGGACAAGCUUCUUCAAACGAUGAUUAAAAAAUUCAAGAAAGUACUUGAGAAUAUGGUGAACAGUAUUGUAUGCAACACAGGACUCGAUUUUCUCGUACAAGAGCUGCAGAAUCACACAUUGGAACUCCCCGCACCGCCCCCACAAAUGGUCCAAGGCGCCACGCCUCUGGGGGACGCGGUGCUGUUUCGUACACUCGUCAAGACUCUCAACAGUGCCCCACCAAUUCAGGGUAUCGAACUUGGUGGGUCGAUACACGCUGGAACGACACUGCAUAUAGAUUUGGGAUUUUCCAAUGGCAUUGACUUCACGCCUGAACAGUCUACAAAUCUGCCGUCUGCAUUAAGUAAGUUGACGGAACUGCUUGAUGUGCUGGGUGGCGGUGGGAUUGUUGAGGGUCUGCUAAAGCUUCUCCCCACCAUUGAGGGCGCCGCUAUGGGGUUGAACAUCCCGAAUGUCUUCAGCCUCUCCUUUGAGCUCUCAUUUCAUGAUCUGCAGUGCAGCGACGACGGUAUCGCAUGCACCGUGCCACGAGUUGGUGGUAUCACGGUGGGGAAUAUUCGGUCGGAGAACCUUGGGGAAUGGGACAGACUCAUCACAAGCCAUAUUGGUCCCCUGGUUGCUCCUCUCUUGAGCAAUGUGAUUGGGCGUGCCAUGAACCUCACGAAUUCUACCGGUGAACGCUUUCUUAUUCCUAUUGUGGAAGAGGCUCCUGUGGAUACCGUGCCGCCAACAGUAAUUCUGGUUUUGUUGGUCGUCAUCUCUGUGGGACUCCUUGUGGGCACGGCUGUACUCAGUAUUUGGCGCUACCGCCGCUCUACCGUAACCACACAUGAUGGUGUGCCGAUAUCGCUGAAGCGCGUGUUGGUCGAGGACAUGGGCUUGAUGGUGAUGAUUGUGGUCACGGCCUUUGGAUUUACGUGGUCAAACUCUACCACUGCCGCUACAUUGGUAAUAGGCGACGAUCUGCACGUGAUGUCUUUCUCAUUGAUGGAAUCCACGAAGAACAUGUACCAUGCGCGUGUGUAUGUGUUUGCAUUUCUUGUGUUUGCAUUCAGCGGUGUGUACCCGUACAUCAAGCUUGCGGCCAUCGUGGUGUGCACACUUGUCAUGCAGAAGCCUGAUUUGGUACUCCUCAAGAUCAUCGACUAUUUUGGUAAGUUUUCGUUCCUUGACUCGUACGCUAUGCUUGUUAUGACAGCAGGACUGCAGCUUGAGGGCAUCGCUGAGGUGGAGGUUCGCCCCGGUUUUUACAUGUUCCUGUCUUCGACGAUUCUUUCUAUCCUCGUGGGUAACUACGCCACGACUGUGUGGCGCCGCAACACAUCACUUCGUCAGAAUACCAAGGUAUUGGCUGAACCAAUCGAUUCCGAGAUACCCAAGCUGCAGGCCGAUUUGGAAGAAAGCAGCGAAGAGGGCAAACACAUCCGGAGCACUGCAUGGAAAAAGCAAAUGGCUCUGCGUGCGUUGAAUGUGGCCUUUAUCCUUGCUUGCAUUCUCCCUGCGUGGAUUGCCCCGUGCCUGCGCUACAGCGUUACAGGGGUCGUGUCUGUGAUUCAACCAGAGGAUAGGAAGAUGAGCCUUUCAGAGCUUGGCGCAACGAAUUGGCUGUUUUUACUCACUUGCAUUUUCACCAUUGGUGUGGCUCCUAUUAUCUAUGCCGCCAUGUUCCCGCGGUGGAGAGUGCUCGCGGCGUGGUGCGCAGUGGACGCGCUGCUGUUGGCUUGUGUGGCUGGUCUGCUUCAGAUUAGCCAAUUCGUUGAUUACAUGCUCGGGAGCAACAUGAGCAAAAUCUAUGGUGCGGAGGCACACCUUCUGUGGCCACUAAUCCCUCUGCUGAUUUCCUCGGUGUGGCAAUGGAUGCUUGCUGCCGAGCAGACCUUUGACGUAACGCAUCGCAUAAAACGAUGCAUCGCGUCACGGAAGGCAGAAGAGCCUCCACUAACACCAUAA